AUGACGGAAGUUGAAGGAAACCCUUCCUACAAAGCAUACGUCAUAUCUCCUCCGCAGGAAAACCAAGACACCCAGCAAUUCUUCUCAGACGUGUUGAUAGAGGCUCUCUACCUCUAUGUUCCUGUACCCUUUCACACUACACAUAUCUUGACAAUAUGUGUAUCAAUAAUUCCUUUCAGCAUUCCAAGCCAUCGCGGCCAGGUUUUCUAUCAUGCAGAAGCCUCAUAUGCGCAGUGUUGUCAAGGCCUAGACAGAAAUUUAUUUAUGCCCACAAUUAUCAGCAUAGCACAGAAAACAUACAGCAUUUACAUGCCGUAUCAUCCGUGGAAUUUUGAAAUGGCUAGCGUAUGCCAGAACCAUGACCAUGACUCAAGCUUUGAUUCUGAGCAACAUUUUUUCAUGGAUGCAUUCGCGGGAUCUGUGCUGGGAACACGUCCAGCAGAGCCACUGGUCGAUUAUCCCAUGCAAGAUGCAGAAAGCUGCAGUGUCAUGCAUACAACACCCCCAAUUCAACACGAAUGCCCAAUCACAAAAGUCGCGGAUGAAUUUCUGAAAAGUUUCUGCAACACAGAAUCACGUGUCAUGGCGAUCGAUUGGAGUGCGAAUGAUUCCCUGCUGACGGUUACCAAGAUCAACGCAAGAAUGAGGGAAGCAGGCUUUGAGGGAACUUCACGUAGCCUGAAAACCCUCCGUUACGAGACAAUAUUCAUAAACCGGCUUGUGGCUUCCAUUGAAAUGUCACAUGGGACAGGCGUUGCAUCGCUAGUAUUCUAUCACAUUUUCGGGGCCUCAAAUUACCGGCUGAUCCGCCUCAUGAAUCGCUAUGGUAGCGCCAAGAAGCUGCUUGCCAUACGAAGGAUCUGCGAAAACUUACAAGUUCCCAGACUUAUUGGCAAUCCUCUUCCCAUUCUGCGGAUACAUGAUCUGAUAGGAGAGCACAUGCCAGACCUUCAGUAUGUUUCCUAUACUCUAGACCAAUGCACUUCACUGACAGUUGGCAGCAUCAACGUAAUCAACGCCGCAAUAGGAUAUUUGGAUGUGCACACCCCGUUAUCCAUCGAACAAGACCUGGAUUUUCCUGGAUUCAAUCCUCAAUUAGAUUUCUCAUAG